UGCCACCUGUCAGUAUCCAUCAGUGCCAGCUGUCAUUGCUGAACAGUGCCACGUGCCAGUGUCCAUCAGUGCCAAAUCAAUGCCACAUAUCAGUGCCUACCAGUGCACAUCAAUGACACAUAUCAGUGCCCAUUUGAGCUCCCUUUCAGUGUCACCCAUCGUGCCAGUUAGUGCCGCCUAUCAGUGCCAGUCAGUGCCGCUGCUAUCAGUGUGCAUCAGUGCCGCCUAUCGGUGCCAGUCAGUGCCGCCUAAUAGUGCCAGUCAUCAGUGCCACCUAACAGUGGCAGUCAGUGCCGCCUAACAGUGCCAGUCAGUGCCUCCUAUCAG